AUGUUAAGCGAACAUGCAUAUUGUAGGAAUUUUGGAGUAACCAGUUCAUCCCAUGUUAAUACAAUAGCUCGCUGUACUGUACUAGAUUUCUCAGGGAACGUUUUAUUGGAUCAAUAUAUCAAACCAGAAGAGCAAAUAACCGACUAUCGAACUCCCUACAGUGGAAUUUCAGAAAUACACAUGAAAGAGGCAAUUCCCUACAAAGAUGCCAGAGAAACAAUCUGGAAUCUCAUAAAGGGGAAAGUAGUCGUUGGACACGCAUUAGACAACGAUUUCCAGGCUCUGGGGUUCUCUGUGCCCUUACACAUGAGAAGAGACACUUUGUGGUCUCCUGAUUUGAGAAGAAUGAUGGACAAUGCGGGGAUUAAUAAAAUGUCCCUCAAGUCGAUGGCCAAGCAUAUACUGAAUCGACACAUUCAGAAUGGUCCUCACUGUUCCUUUGAGGAUGCUCUGGCAACCCUCGACUUGUUUAAAUGCGUUCUUUUAACUCGUGGGGUAUGGAAGCAGGCUGCACGUGAUUCAGGAAAAUUUACACAUUUAUUUGACGACCACUAUUGGGUCGCUUGA